UCUGCCCCGCCGGAGAUCAUUUAGCUGCCAGCCGGCGAAGAGUCCACAACGCGCCGAGUGUCCAAAAACCAAGCAAGAUGCCCUCCCUCUGGCUGUUCAUCUCGAUGCUGACUUUGGUUGGCUGCCAGGAGUACCAUUACCAGCGACCGCAGACCCCCUUUUUUGCGGAAACAGCUGGGCGGCAGCCUCAGACCACCAGGUUUGUGGUGCAGACUUUGGGCCGCACUUACGGCCUGGAAACGCAAAGGGCUCCGGCUGUUUUCGAGGAUCAUCAGACGCAGAUUGUCCAGGUUUUGGAGCAGCGGCAGGUGCCGCAGUAUCAUCAUCAGCAGCAGCAGCAGCAGCAGUAUCAUCAUCAUCAACAGCAUCUGCACACCUCUAGCUACCAGAAUCCGCUGUUGGUCAGCACCAGCUACCAGGCUCCUCCACCUGUUCCUGCUAGUCCUGUCCAGCCCUUAAACUACUAUGAGCCAACACAGCCAGCUCAGCAAUCUCAGCAACUCCAGGCUCCCAAUUACCAAGCACCACCUCAACAGCAAACCCAAGCUCCAGCUACCUAUCUGCCACCCCAGCAGCCUGCCCAGAAACUCUUCUUCGGCAAUCCCUAUCCCUAUGCACCGGUAACCACCGGUUCGGGUCAACAGGUCCUGGACGCAGGACAUGGCUCCGGAGUGGCCCCCAGCCAAGUGCAGGUUCAGCUGCUACAGGCCACGGGAUCGGCACAGCCACAAACGCGAGUGGGUGACCAGGUGGGUCAGUCGCAGAGCUCCCAACUGGAUGCCUACGACUACAAACAGACUGUGCCGGGUGAUACCAGGGACUACCAGAGGUUCGUGACCAGUUGCCCGGGUGGCGGACAGUGCCAGCAGAAGCAGCUGAAUCCCGGCCAGGUGGACGACAGCCACCAGAAGGUGCUCCAGACGGCCAGGGCCUCCACGCAGCCCCGUGUGGAGGGCUGUUUCAAGAGCCCGGUGGUCUAUGUGCCCGUCGGAGCUGCCGUCAAUCCUCAGGGACAACUGCGACCAAAGAAUCGACGCACCUUCGAGCGCCAGGAGCAGAUCCUCUCCAGAUAUCCCUACAACUAAGCCCCCCCCUCUCAAUCUUUCUGUAAACACUCACCGAAUUUCACAUCGAAUUUAUUAGUUGUUAUUACUUAGUUGCCAGUUACGUUGACUGUUGUAAAUAAAUCGUUCGAAGUUUAAAUUUUAAAA